AUGGUCCGUGACUUAAAUGGGAAUUUGAUCAACGCAUUUGCGGAGUUGUGCAUUGGUGACAGCCAAGUUGACAAUCCACAGAAGUAUGAGAAUAAAGGACUUCUUAGAGCUAUCACUUUUUGUGAGGAAAACAAGUAUCGAAAGGUGAGAGUCCUCUUGGAUUGCAAAGCUGUUAUUGGGACACUUAACACUUCUUACCAGAAGAGACGACAUCAGAAGGAGCCUCUUGUUAUUGCAAUUAGAAAUAACUUGAAAGAUCUCAUGAUACAGCCAGAACUGCUUCAACAUUUUACACCUAGUACAUUAGAAGAAAUUUUGAGCAGUGAUUACCUAGAGGUAGACAAUGAGGACCCGGUCUUCCAGUUGGCUCUUUUGUGGAUGGAACACCAUUGCGAUUCUCAGGAAGAAAGACAACUUAUCAUGGACCAAUUGCAGCAACAUAUCAGGUUCCCGUAUAUGUCUUUUAUGCAAUUAGAGGAGCAGGCUUCAUGUCUUGAUCUCAAAGGUGCUUCAAAAAUCGCAGAAGAUGCUUUGGUUUGCAAACUUGGCCAAGAGCAUUUACCUGCUAGGAGGGCAUACAAACUCCAGCCCAUUAAGUCUCUGGAUUUUGAUUUGUUUGGGGAGAACAUGGAGGUACAAUUUGAUAUCAAGCGUGAUGAUUGUGCUGCAAUUUAUUCCUUUGACAAAUUGACUUUCGAACCAUUUAAUUUGGGGGGAAGAAAUUUCGUUAUUCAAGCAUAUUUCCAUAGAGAUGAAGAGAGAACCAUUUGUUUUGGCUUUUAUUUAAGGCUUUAUUCUCAGUCCCCUCGCCAGACCACUGCAUCAAAUAUUUCGGUUGAAUUUGAAUAUUCUGUCAAGCGUAGGCCAGACAUGGAAUUUGUUGUCCUAGCAAGGAAUAGAGCCCUGAUCACGUCAGUAGUCGGUAGAGGAUACCGAAACAUUUUCCAGCUGCCAUGGGAUCAGUUUAUAGCAGAGGACUGUGAAUUUUUUGUAGAUGAAAUCCUCCAACUCCAAGUCAAGCUUGCUCUGUAG